UGAAGCCCAUCUUCCUUUGCUGAAAUUAUGAAAUGGGGUACGAGAAAACCGCAAAAUCCUUCUUCUUCUUCUUCGACUUCUUCUUCUUCUUCCUCUUCUAGGCCUUCUUUCAUGUCUAAUAUCUUUCCUGCUUCUUGGCUCUCAAAGCUCAAGCAAAAGAAAAGCAACCAAGAACCCACACCCAGAAAAGUAAAGGGAACAGAGAAGGGGAAUUCUCCUUGCAUUCAUUCACCUGGUUAUGGAAAUGGGACUUCCUCCCCUGGUCAAGCAAAUGGGAAUCCCAAUCGAUUAUGUAGCGGAUAUAAUGGUGAAUUUUGGAAGCUAUCCUUUGGAGAAGAUGAUACUGAUGUCAAGAGUGGUGGGAUUUUGAGGUCGGUUUGGUACAAAUCGGAGGAUGAGCACGAGCUUCCACGUACAAGUCAUAGAAGCUGCAGAUCACAAUGUACAGAAUUUGAGGUGAAGGAAGAGAUUCAGAAUUUGGAGGACAUGGUUUCAAGGAUGACGAGGAGAAGGAGGAGGAGGAAAGAAGCUCCAACCCAAGUGAAUAUUUUGAGAACAGAAAGUGAUAUUGAAUCAAGAACUCCAAGGAUCAAAUACAGAGAAAAUGGGAACUUCAAGAGUAUGGGUCAAAGGGUGAUGGAGAAGAAGGGAUUUAAACGAGGAAGGGAGAUAGAUAAAGCAAGGGAGAGAACAAGAAGAUCAGUGGGAAAGAAAAUGUUGGUACAGGAAGAAGAGUCUGGAGUUAGGAAGAACAGGAGAGAUAAAACCAAAUUGAGAAGUUCAAGGAGGCAUAGGUAUGUCCCUUCCACCAUGUCAAAAAGCUCGAAUUUAGGAACUAUAGAAGAAAACUGUGUAUUUUCUUCUAUGAAAGCAGAGGAAAGUGAUGAACAUGACAUUGUGGGCACUGAAAUUGAUUCAGAUUGGGAAAGGAUGAGAGGGUUGAAGAUGGAGGAAUUGAAGUUGAGAUAUGAAAGACAAAGGCAACCACUCUACAUAAGGAAGGACUCAAAUGAGAAGAAUUCAAAAGGCAGAAGAAAACUCAGAGUUUACUCUCCUAGAACAGCCACUAAACUUGAGAUCUGCAAGAUCAAAGCAUUGGAGGAUAUGAAGAAAGCGAAGUUAAAGAUGAAGAAGAAGGUAAGAGAGAGCAUAGUAGAGGAAGAGACGGAGUUGGAGAGCUUUGCGGUCGUGAAAUCUUCGUUCGAUCCACAGCAAGACUUCAGAGACUCCAUGGUUGAAAUGAUCAUGGAGAGAAGGAUCAGUAAAGCAGAAGAACUUGAAGAACUGUUGGCUUGUUAUCUCACAUUGAAUUCCGAUCAAUACCAUAAUCUCAUCAUCAAGGUGUUUAGGCAAGUGUGGUUCGAUCUGAAUCAGGCUGCGUUCGAAUCUGAAUUACGUAAGCAAUUCCCUUGUAAUGAACAACUUGUUUAGCUAAUAAUUACAGACAAAGUGUAGUAAUCUUAUCUGUUGAAAACAUCUCAGUUCAUAAACAUUGCAAGCCUUGUUAAUGUAAUGUUGAAUAACUGUUUUUCCUUUUACAACUCUCAAUACUCAUUCUCUUCAUUUU